AUGGAGCAUUCACACGCAAUUGAUACUAAGUCGAUUCAUGAAGUAUCCGAUCAUGAAGUACAAUCCAAUCCCGAUUCACCAGAUGGGUUAUGGCUCCGAUUCCUUACCUAUGCCAAAUGGUACCCGAAGGACAUGUCCCACCCAGAGAAAAAGCUUGUCCUCAAACUAGAUAUCAUGAUCUUAAUCUUUGGCUGCCUUUCAUUUUUCACCAAAUACCUUGACCAGCAGGCGAUCACCAAUGCCUAUGUAUCAGGCAUGAAAGAAGACCUUAAUCUGCAUGGUAAUGAAUUAAACUACAUAACAGCGGUAUUCUGGGCCUCGUAUUGCACCUCUAUGAUACCAGCCUGCUACUGGUUAACGCGCACGCGGAUCAACAUCGCGCUGCCAACCCUGGAAAUCGGAUGGGGACUGUUCACAUUCGGCUGUGCUUGGGCGCAGAAUCUAAAUACGAUAUACGCAAUGCGCUUCUUCAUCGGGAUCUGCGAGUCUUGCUCCUUCACUGGCGUCAUUUAUGUCAUCGGUUCGUGGUAUAAACCUGGCGAGGUGACGCGUCGGGUUGCGCUUUUCUUUGUCGCUUCUCCACUUGGGACUAUGUUCGCGGGCUAUUUGCAAGCUGCUGCGUAUACAAAUUUGGAAGGGAAGCAUGGAUUGCCUGGAUGGAGAUGGUUAUUCAUUAUUUGCACCAUCAUCACAAUUCCUAUUUGCAUUCUCGGAUAUAUAAUUUUCCCAGAUGUUCCUCAUCGCUCAAAGCCACGGUUCCUAACAGCGGCCGAGCAUGAUAUUGCGAACAUUCGUCUGAAAGGUCUAACAGCACCAAGCGAACUAAAAGUCUCCCGGGCCAUCUUCAAGCGGGUCUUCGGGCGAUGGCAUUGGUAUGUCUUUGUCGUGCAUUGGACCUUAAUGGACCAGAACUUCACGCCAUACUCGACGCCCUUUAGUCUAUAUCUGAAGGCUAAACCAGAAAUCUACUCCGUCUCUCGGGUGAACACAUUACCGACGAUCGCAACAGCGCUGUCUGUGGUAGCAGCGCUAGUAGCGGGCGUUACCGCAGAUCGUCUGCGGAAUUUCUGGAUUCCUUCCGUGGCGACCAGCAUUCCUGUCCUGAUUGGUGUGAUUUUACUUGUUGUCUACAAUGUUGGAGAAACGGGACGGCUAGUCGGGUUUAUCCUCACAGGAUUCGAAGGCGCAAUUAGUCCGCUCAGUAUGAGUUGGGCGACUAUCACCAUGGCCAAUGAUGCUGAGGAACGCGCUAUCGUCACGGCAAGCAUGAAUGCGAUCGGCCAGGCCAUGGCAGCAUGGACACAGAUCUUUCAGUAUCCGGCUACUUCUGCCCCGUACUUUCGAGCAGGAUUCACCUCGAAUCUGGUCACUACUAUCGCACAAUUCUUGAGUGUUGGCUUGAUCGCCUUUCUGGUGCAUCGGGACACGCGAAAGGAGCGGUUGUCUUCGAGUGUGUGA